CGGGCAGUCGCUUCUUGCUUCCAGCACUCAUCUCAACUCUCAUCAUGGCUCGCCAGACUCGCUCCCGCCCCUCUGCGCCCUCUGCGAAGCCUUCGGCUUUUGCGCAAACGCGCCCCUCGAGCACCAUGGCCGCCCCCGCACCCAUGGCAGCGCCCAGCAACUCCGCAUUCCGCCCCAAGAGCGCGGCUGCCCCGCCCCCUCCUCCUGUGCAUGCCGCCUCCCCCACUCAUCACGCUGCCCCGCCGGCCCAGUCGCAGGCGCCUGGUAUCAUGAGCCAGAUCGCUGCCACGGCUGGUGGUGUCGCCCUCGGUCACGGCAUCAGCAACAUGCUCUUCGGCGGCUCCUCAUCCGCUCCCGCUGAGCAGCAGCAGGCUCCGGCACCCGCAGCGCCUGCCCAGCAGCAGUUCGGCUCUGGCGUCAAUUGCGAGGUUCAGGCUAAGGACUUCACCACCUGCCUCGAGAAGGCCGACCUCCCGUCGUGCACGUACUACCUCGAGCAGCUUAAGGCCUGCCAGGCUGCCGCUGCGCCGUACUAAGCGCUUCGUCUGCUCAGUUGGGGUAGUUGCAUAGUCUCGGUCAUGGACGUGGGGAUGCUGUAGUGGAUCUAGGCAGUGGUACACAUACUAAUUACAAGAUAGAGAAUCCAACCAUCUCUCAUCAAUGCGAUCCAUCCUUUCUGCUCGAUGUA